UUUGCAAUUGCAACCUAACCUCGACAUUUUGAAAAACAGUUCAUUAUCAUUUUUCGGGGAGUCAAAUUUGCCGGAACAAAAUACCUAAAUGUUUCACAGAUAUGAAUAAAUUGAUAUCUUUGAAUAUAAAUCAGCUGGUGCAAUGUUACAAAACAAAAAGUGUUGAUCCAAAAGAUGUAACGAAACUCUGUUUAGACUUGUCUCAUCGGUAUAAGCAUUUAAAUUAUUUCAUCAGCCGAUGUGAUGAACAAGCAGCAGAGCAAGCACAACAAUCGUCAGAGAGAUGGCAAAAAGGGAAACCCAUGGGAGAAUUAGAUGGAAUACCAAUUGCAGUCAAGGAUAAUUUCUGCGUUAAAGGGCUACCGACAACAUGUGCAUCAAGAAUGCUUGAAAACUUUGUACCUUCGUAUAAUGCAACGCCUUUCAAUCGAUUGAAUGAUGCUGGUGCAGUAUUUAUGGGCAAAACGAAUCUUGAUGAAUUCAGCAUGGGCUCCGGAGCGGUUGAUUCCAUUUUUGGUCCAACGAAGAAUGUUUGGCGAUCCGAUGAUGGUCAUAUAGCCGGCGGCAGUUCAGGUGGUUCAGCAGUAGCAGUGGCAUCUGGAAGUUGUUUUGCUGCCUUAGGCUCAGACACCGGAGGUUCUGUACGAAAUCCAGCUUCAUAUUGUGGAUUAAUUGGCUUGAAGCCAACAUACGGUCUAGUUUCACGUCAUGGUUUGAUUCCGCUAGUGAAUUCAAUGGAUGUGCCAGCAAUUUUAACGCGUACCGUUGAUGAUUGUGUUGCUAUUUUAAAUACCAUUGCUGGUCCCGAUUCCAAUGAUGCUACAUGCAUGCGAAAACGUUACAGUCAAAUUGAAUUAUCCGACGUUGACGACAUUUCAAUGAAAAACAUUCGAAUCGGAAUUCCAAAAGAGUACCAUUGCAAUGGGCUUGCAAAGGAAGUCCUUGACACAUGGAUUAAAAUUGCUGAUAUAUUAGAGGAUGGCGGUGCAAAUGUCGUAGACAUUUCGUUACCAAACACCGAAUCAUCCAUAUUUGUUUAUACAAUAUUAAAUCAAAGUGAAGUAAGCAGUAAUAUGGCUCGGUACGAUGGCAUCGAGUACGGAUAUCGUACCAAAGAAUGGAGCAGCACUGAACAAUUUUUCGCAAUCAAUCGACAAAUUGGUUUUAAUAGUGUGCUAAAGAAUCGUAUAUUAUGCGGAAAUUACUUUCUAUUGAGCAAAAAUUUUGAGAAAUAUUAUUUGAAAGCGUUAAAAGUACGGCGGGCUAUUAGAAAUGAUUUUGAUAGUGUGUUUCAUAACAAAGAUAAAACACAGAAUGUCGAUCUCAUUUUAACGCCAACCACGUUGAGCGAUGCACCUCUUUAUAGUGAUUUUACGAAAAAUAGCAAUCGAGAUCAGUGUGCGGUACAGGACUAUUGCACUCAGGCAGCAAAUAUGGCUGGUAUUCCAGCGAUAGCAAUCCCUAUUCGGUUAUCAGAUCGUGGUUUACCACUUAGUCUACAAUUAAUGGGUCCAAGAAAUUCGGAAAAACAACUCCUAACUGCUGCCAAAUGGAUUGAGAACCAAGUGAAUUUUCCAUUUUUUCAGUUCUUAGAAGGAAAUUAAAAUAAAUUAUAUUCGACAAAAACUA